AUGGGUAUCGUAGGCCAACAGUCAAACCCAGGUGACUUUGCUGCCGUUCAAAAGUCAAUCAUUGACCUUUUGAACCAGCCUGGCUACGAUGACGGAAGCGCCGGACCCGUUCUCGUGCGUUUAGCUUGGCACUCAUCCGGCACAUACGACAAAGUAACUGACACAGGCGGUUCCAACGGCGCUGGCAUGCGAUACGAAGCUGAAGGUGGAGAUCCUGCCAAUGCCGGCCUGCAGAAUGCUCGUGUCUUCCUUGAGCCUGUCAAACGUCUUCACCCGUGGAUAACAUACUCUGACCUCUGGACACUCGCUGGCGUGACGGCGAUCCACGCCAUGGGCGGACCCGAAAUUGACUGGCUGCCGGGACGAACUGACUUUGUCGAUGACAGUAAGCUUCCGCCUCGUGGUCGUCUCCCAGACGCAGCACAAGGAGCAGAGCAUAUCCGACAUAUUUUCUAUCGAAUGGGAUUCAACGAUCGCGAGAUCGUAGCCCUUAGUGGUGCACAUAAUCUUGGUCGUUGCCAUACUGCAAACUCUGGCUUUGAAGGCAAAUGGGUCAACAACCCUACCCGGUUCUCCAACCAGUACUUCCGUCUUCUGCUAUCGGAAACCUGGACUGAAAAGACAAUUCCCGAGUCUGGCAUGCUCCAGUUCUCCUCCGUUGAUCAAGAUACAGAGGAGGAGUUGAUGAUGCUUCCCACUGAUAUAGCACUCACCACAGACUCUGAGUUCUCCAAGUACGCGCAGUUAUAUGCAAAGGACAAGGAUGUGUUUUUCGAAGACUUUGCGAAAGCAUUUGCAAAGUUGCUGGAGCUUGGAAUAGCAAGAAAUUCGGAUGGCAAGGUUAUCAACACUGAUAAUCAAAAGGGAGGUUAUCGGAGUGCGCCAAAAAAGAGUGAUUCGACACCUGCGACUUCAGGUCAAUCAGGAGCAUCCAAGACUGGUGGAUGUCCCGUGAUGCAUCACAAGGCAAGAUUAUAA